AGAGAGUAGAGUUCUUGACUAGACUAGAUCUAGAAUCUAGUUACGUGACUUACAUUUUGAAAAUACCUCUAUAGAUUUCCAUUAAUUAUGGAUGAGUGCAAUCAUAAUGUGAAUGUAGAUGAGGAACAUCCAAGAACUCUGAUCCCAUCCUUGUGUCGACAGUUCUAUGACCUCGGCUGGGUGACUGGAACUGGUGGUGGAAUAAGUAUCAAAUCAAAUGAUGAAAUUUAUAUAGCACCUUCUGGUGUACAGAAAGAAAGAAUAAAGCCAGAAGAUAUAUUUGUUCAAACUAUAGAUGAAAAAGAUAUUUACUUACCUCCUCCAUCCAAGAAGCUCAAGAAGAGCCAGUGCACUCCCUUGUUUAUGAAUGCUUAUACCAUGAGGAAUGCUGGCAGUGUCAUCCACACUCAUUCCAAAUCAGCAGUACUGGCAACACUCAUCUAUCCAGGCAAAGAGUUUCGCAUCACUCAUCAAGAAAUGAUUAAAGGCAUCAAAAAGUGCUCAUCAGGAGAGUAUUACAGAUAUGAUGAAGAGCUGGUGGUUCCAAUUGUAGAAAAUACACCUUUUGAAAGAGACUUAAAGGCUGCAAUGGCUGAAGCAAUGGAGGAUUAUCCAGAGACCUGUGCAGUGCUGGUUAGAAGACAUGGAGUUUACGUUUGGGGUGAGACUUGGGAAAAGGCAAAGACAAUGUGUGAAUGCUAUGAUUAUCUUUUUGACAUGGCUGUUCAGAUGAAGUCACUAGGCCUUAAUGCUACUGAUAUACCAACGCUGCCCAUAUGUGCAUAUGUUAGUAAAUCAUCAGGAGAUGUGAAAUAGUAGAGAAUUGUCAAUACAAUACAGAUUUCCAAUUGAGGAGAUCCUCCUCAUCAGUUUGAGCUCUCUGUGACCAGCAACUUUGUGCCUUUUUUAAACAAAUUUCCCUAUGACAACCAGUGGAGAAGGGUUGACAUGAUUUAUUUUGCACAAUAAUCAGAAUACAUAUCUGUCUGUUUGUUUAAAUUUAUUGUAUUUCUGGUGGUAGUUGAGCUCAUUCAGAGCUAAUUCUUUUUUUUUAUUUUCUUCUUUUUAUAUAGAGCCUUACAAAGAUAGGGAAGUUAAUUGUGGCAACACCAAUCAUUGACAUUUGAUUAAAUUUAAAGCUCUGGAACAUUUCUGGCAAUACACCUCUAAGUUGUAUAGGAGUUUAUUUUAGUGUUAAUUAUUUUGUGUGUGCAUUUAAUGGGACCAAAAAGAUGAAGUGCUUGGCUACUGAGCCUUAUAAUGGCCUACUGAUUUGAAUCCUACUGAAGGAUAGACUAUUUACUUGGAACAUAUCAGGUUGAGUCCACCAGCUGUUAUAUCUAUAUGUUCAGAUAAAAAAUGUGUUCUACUGGCCACAAAACAAACACCCUGAAAUACUGUGAGCCGCAAAACACCCUGAAAUACUGUGAGCCGCAAAACACCCUGAAAUACUGUGAGCCACAGAAAUGUAUUUUUUUCCCAUUACUGGCAGAUAAUUUUAGCAAUAUUUCUUGAAGGAAAACCUUUUAUAAAAAUAAAGACACAUCGCACCCCAACAGCAGUUAUUGUACUAGGCAUCAGAUACAUUCCACCCUUAGCAGAUAUUGUUAUAAGAUACCUUCAUUUCUUAACAGUGGCUAUUGUACUAGGCAUGGAUACAUUCAACUCUAGAUAUUGUUUUAUAAUAAUAAUAGGCAUCAGCAUAUUGAUUCUCUCUAGCAUGUGUAUACUUCAGGGUAAAAUGAUUUAUUCUAGUAGAACAUAAAGGUUUUGAUAAUAGAUAUCUAAAAUAAAUGUCAUUUUGUGGAAAAAGAAAUUCCUCCUUUGAUAGUGUCUGAACAGUAACAUUUUUCUAGCAUGAAUAUAUUACAUCCAUUAUUUUAAAAAAAAAGCCAUUAGUGAGGAUGACAGAAGACACGGGUUACUUCUUUAAUGUAUGUGUGUGACACAGGUUACUUCUUUAAUGUAUGUGUGUGACACAGGUUACUUCUUUAAUGUAUGUGUGUGACUUGUUAUCCAAGAAAAAGAUGUUACCUAUAGCAUUUAUUUGUUUAACAUAUCUUCCAGGUUGUUUUUUUUGAGCUC